GGCGUUCGUUCAUGAAGAAGCUGCACCGAUUAUCCCCAGGCAAGAGUCUCAGGGAGAGACCAGUUCCGAUCCCGGGGCCGCAAACCCCGCCCGCCCAGCAAUCUGGUUUCCAUAACAACGGUUUCUCCUCGAGGGGAGGAAUCGGCUACUCUGGUCUUCGGAGAAAUCUCGGUUCCCGUUCUGCGCUCGGUGCAGUCCCGCUCGGACUUACCAGGUUACCAGCUUCGCGAUCACUCCUGGAUCAGUCAGAAGCACAAUCGACCGACCCACCCCAGCUUACUCCGUCUUGCCCAGUCCGUCUCCACGGCAACGCGCCCAUUAGCACAAUGGCGGCUGCCGAGGGACAAUUCUGCUGCGUACGCAGCCUCCCGGUUCGUCCCGCCCCCAGGCCCCGCCCCAUCGCGUGUUUUCCAGGCAACGCACAGAGCUCUGCAGGUCGCGUCUGCGUUGCGUGUCACUCAGUGUCUGCGCAAGCGUAGCAAGCAUGGUUUCCAUUCCUGAGUCGUUCUCCACUUUGGAUGACGCGACCGCACAGUCGAGUAGGCCCUCGGUUUCUUGGAAUCUGGCCUCGUACGUGGAUUACAAGUCCCCCUCCAAAGCGACCACCACUUCCGGCACCACCGAGAACUUGAAUUUACGGCGCGAUAGGGGCGGCAGCCGCCAAGAAAUCGGCCACGGGGUCCAGCCGCAGGUCUACUUCCUGCGCCCCCGAACUUCGCAGCCAUCUGUGCUCUUCAGUAUAAUGAAUUCCAGUGAAGCAACAAUGAACAAAUUUUUACCUAAGAGCCACUUAUCUCGAGUGAUUAUUCGUGACAACCUCAGUGCACAACGAAUCUUUGAGACAGAGAUAAGAGCUUCAGACAAGACCAAGAAAAAGAUGAGCCAUUUGUACGACCAUCUGAAAAAAAAGUUUAUGACAGACCAACUCAGAAAGCUGGGGCGCUGGAGACAGGAAUCCAUGAACAUCCAGCAGUACUUGGAUAAAAUCCGGAUAUACAAAGUCCAGUUGAAACUCCAGUCUCACAGGAAAAGCCAUCCACUCUAG